AUGAUGUCAACGAGAUACUUUUCUUUCCUAUCGGGAGUAAUAAUAGCCUCAUUAACAUGGGCAUUCAGUUUGUACCUUUAUUCAAGACUGUCGCAGAACACUGACAUUAUUAAUCCUACGAUUCUAGUGUCAGAGAGUUCAAAGUUAUUGAAAGAAUCUACAUUUGAUCAUAAAGCACACAAUGAUCGCGAACUUAGAUUAAGUGAUAAUCUAAUAUUUCACAGUGAUAAGGAAAUAUUAGCCCAUAAAGGUAGCUAUAAUUUAAAAGGGUCUAAUUAUAAGAAUAGUGAAAAGCUCUUACAAGACUUACAACCUCAGCCAGUAAAACCUUCUGUUACUAUAGGACAAGGUUUGGAUGAGCUAGGCAUUGUAAGAAAUUUUGAUGAUCAACGAAAACGAGAUGAAGGGCACAAAAACUAUGCUUUUAAUGUGUUAGUCUCUGAUAACAUUGGGUUACACAGAGUACUACCGGAUACAAGACACAAAUUGUGUAAAACAGAAAAUUAUACUGCCAAACUACCACAAGCCAGCAUUGUAAUAUGUUUUUAUAAUGAACAUUAUAUGACACUUUUGAGAUCUCUACACUCCAUUAUUCAAAGAACUCCUGCACAUCUGUUGUAUGAAAUUAUCUUGAUAAAUGAUUGGAGUGACAGUGAAGCUUUACAUGAAAAAAUUAAAGCAUAUAUUGAUAAUAAUUUUAAUGGUAAAGUAAAGUAUUUUAAAACUGAAAAACGUGAAGGAUUAAUAAGAGCCAGAAUGUUUGGUGCCAGGAAAGCAAGUGGAGAUGUUUUGAUCUUCUUAGACAGUCAUAUAGAAGUAAAUGAAAUGUGGAUAGAACCCCUUCUUUCACGAAUUGCUCUUUCAAAAACUAUCGUUGCGAUGCCAGUUAUUGAUAUUAUCAAUCCAGACACAUUUCAGUACACCAGUAGUCCUCUAGUAAGAGGUGGAUUCAACUGGGGUCUGCAUUUCAAAUGGGAUAGUUUACCAGUUGGUACAUUGGAACACGCUGAAGAUUUCAUAAAACCUAUAAAAUCACCAACAAUGGCUGGAGGACUGUUUGCAAUGGAUAGGGAAUAUUUUACAAAGCUUGGAGAAUACGAUGCCGGGAUGGAUGUGUGGGGAGGUGAAAAUCUGGAGAUAUCAUUUAGAAUUUGGAUGUGUGGUGGAAGUAUUGAACUCAUACCCUGCUCCAGGGUUGGACAUGUAUUUCGAAGACGUAGACCAUAUGGUGCAGAUGAUAAACAUGAUACUAUGUUGAAAAAUUCAUUACGCGUGGCAUAUGUUUGGUUAGAUGAAUAUAAAGAUUACUUUUUAAAAAAUAUUAAAAAAGUAGACUAUGGCGAUGUUACAGAAAGGUUAAAGCUACGUAAAGAAUUAAACUGCAAAAGUUUUGCAUGGUAUUUGAAAGAGGUAUAUCCUGAAUUGACAUUACCGGAUGAUACCAAGAGUAGAUUAAAAGAGAAAUGGGCAAGAGUAGAGCAGAGACAAAUUCAACCUUGGCAUUCUAGAAAAAGAAAUUAUACCGAUGAAUAUCAAAUUAGGCUUUCUAACACUACCUUAUGCGUUCAGAGUGAAAAAGACAUUAAGACAAAAGGUUCCAAACUAAUUUUAUCAACAUGUUUGAGAAUUAAAUCACAGAUGUGGUAUGAAACAGACAAAGAGGAAUUAGUACUUGGUCAAAUGCUCUGCAUGGAAGGAGCAGAGAAAAUACCAAAACUUGGGAAAUGUCAUGAGAUGGGUGGUAAUCAGGAAUGGCGGCAUAAAAAAGAUAAUGGUACACCCAUAUACAACAUGGCGGCUGGUACAUGUUUAGGAGCAUUGCAAGUCAAGAAAGGAGGUCAAGUUAUAAUGGAUCUGUGUACCAAGCCAAACAAAACUCUUAUAACAUGGGAUUUAGUACAUUCCAAAAUUCCUCAGAAGAAACUAGACGUUAAAGAAUAG